GGCUUCUUCAAGAUAGGAUUCAUUCCAUUUCUACUGCACCAGCCCCACCCAGAUCUUUAGUUGAUCCUCUCGAAUGGGUUCUCUGGAGGAAAAAUUGCUCUUGGAAGAAGGGCUUACAAAGAAUGAUAGCACAGGAUCAUAUACUGGAGAUGGAUCGGUGGACAUAAACGGAAAGCCUGUGUUGAAGCAGAACACUGGAAACUGGAGAGCAUGCCCCUUCAUUCUGGGUACCGAAUGCUGUGAGCGUUUGGCAUACUAUGGAAUUGCAACAAACCUUGUUACUUAUCUCACGAACAAACUACAUGAAGGAAAUGUCUCUGCCGCCAGAAAUGUUACGACUUGGUCCGGCACAUGCUACCUUGCACCCCUCAUAGGAGCCGUUUUAGCAGAUUCAUACUGGGGAAGAUAUUGGACAAUUGCUGUGUUCUCCACUAUCUACUUCAUUGGAAUGGGUACUUUGACCCUGUCAGCUUCAGUUCCUGCCUUCAAACCUACUCCAUGUGUUGGUUCUGUUUGCCCAGACGCUACUCCGGCUCAAUAUGCUGUUUUCUUUUGCGGUCUAUAUCUGAUUGCUCUUGGGACUGGUGGAAUCAAACCUUGUGUGUCAUCCUUUGGGGCAGAUCAAUUUGAUGACACUGAUCCGAUAGAGAGAGUGAAGAAGGGAUCUUUCUUCAAUUGGUUUUACUUCUCUAUCAAUAUUGGGGCUCUAAUAUCAAGUAGUUGUCUCGUAUGGAUUCAAGACAAUGCUGGUUGGGGACUAGGGUUUGGCAUUCCUACACUUUUUAUGGGCCUUGCCAUUAUAAGUUUCUUUUCAGGCACACCCUUAUAUAGAUUUCAGAAGCCAGGAGGAAGCCCUCUUAUGAGAAUGUGCCAGGUUGUGGUUGCGUCUUUCCGGAAGUGGAACUUGGAGGUCCCUCAAGAUAGUUCUCUGUUGUUUGAAGUUCCAGACAAAACCUCUGCAAUUGAAGGGAGUCGGAAAUUGGAGCAUAGUGAUGAACUCAAGUGCCUUGACAAAGCUGCCGUGGUGUCUGAUCUAGAAGUUCGACAGGGGGACUUAUCCAAUCCAUGGAGGCUUUGCACUGUAACACAGGUGGAAGAACUGAAGAUUCUGAUACGCAUGUUUCCUAUCUGGGCUACUGGAAUAGUGUUUUCUGCUGUUUAUGCUCAAAUGUCCACCAUGUUUGUGGAGCAAGGGAUGGUUAUGGACACCACUGUUGGUUCCUUCACCAUACCUCCGGCAUCAUUGUCAACAUUUGAUGUAGUCAGUGUCAUUGUGUGGGUCCCGAUGUAUGACAGGCUCCUUGUUCCACUUGCGAGAAAGUUCACAGGUAAGGAAAGAGGAUUCUCAGAGUUGCAAAGGAUGGGUAUCGGCCUCUUCAUAUCAAUUCUAUCAAUGGCUGCUGCUGCAAUUGUGGAGAUCAAGCGGUUGCAAAUUGCAAAAUCACUUGACUUGGUAGACCAAAAAGUGGCGGUACCUAUGAGUAUUUUAUGGCAGAUACCUCAGUAUUUUUUGGUGGGGGCUGCAGAAAUAUUUACCUUCAUUGGACAACUCGAGUUCUUCUAUGAUCAAUCUCCUGAUGCCAUGCGUAGUUUAUGUAGUGCUUUGUCACUUCUCACAACUGCAUUGGGGAAUUACCUCAGCUCCUUUAUUCUGACCAUUGUGACAACCAUAACAACUAAAGGUGGAAAGCCUGGGUGGAUACCCAAUAAUUUAAAUGAGGGACACCUUGAUUACUUCUUCUGGCUUCUAGCUGGUCUCAGCAUCUUAAACUUGGUGGUUUAUGCCUUCUGUGCGGCAAGGUACAAAUGCAAGAAGGCAUCGUAGGAUCUCCCAAGUAGGAUGUGUUACCACUACAAAACAAGCCCAAAUACAUGUACUGUGCAUAUGGUUAUUGCCAUUUCAAAUUAACAUCCAGGUAGAAUCUGCAAUAUUGCUGUUCAGCUUGUUGAUGAUUUGACACGAUGUCUUUUUUUUUUCCCACCUCUGGAUGUAAUUCUACAGUUUGUAUCUCUUUGCAAUAAAUUUUUCUCUUUAAAUGCAUUCAUAUUUUAUAUGUUGAUUUUGUUGAGAUUAUUGUCACAGUC